GGCGACCGGCCCGACCGGCGCUCCGAUGCUGCGUCUGCAGGCGAGGGCAGGCGAGGGCAGCAGGGAUGGGAAAGUGGUGCGGAGUGGGAAGGGGCGAAGCGACGCUUUUCUCGAGCGCCAGCGAGCGAGCUGUCCGACGCAUGCAGCGCUCGAUGCAGGAGUGCGACAAGCCAAGUGCGUUCGGUGGAGUCCGCAGCCAAUGGCGCUCUUGCACAAGUGGGAAAGUAUCUGUAACCUGUCGUGCCGUUCGUGAGCGGGCGAGUCAGUCGAUCACAUUUGUCAAGCGCGAAUGUCUUUUCUGCCCGACUGUCCCCUCCUUCUUCUCCUCGUUGUCUUCGGCCCGGGCUGCGUGCUCUGAGGCUUUCGUGCCUGCAUUGUGUUGCAGAGGAACGUGUGGAUGGUGAAGAUUGUACUGCUCUGCCUUCAGAACGAUUGAAGACCAAUGCCAAGCUUGUGCUGCUAACAACAGUCAGUGACGAAGGUGAAGAUGGAAUAAUUUUUGUGUCCAAGCGGCGGAUAUUUUGGAGCUGUCACCGUCCCGAGAAGCUGGCAGAGUCCUGAAACAGACUCUGUUAUGUGUCGUUAGGGGUUUGUGGGUACCAAAUGGGGUUUUGGAUCUUUUCUCUUCUGCGCCUUAAGAAGACCCAUCUUAUAAGUGGUGGCUACUGGAAGGGUUACAAGGGUUUCAAUUGAAGAGAUUCCGGAGCCCAGUAAGGUUACACAUGUUUGUGCCUCGUAGCUUGCGUACUUCCGCGUCCACGUCGAGCAAACUCCUGGGUUCUCCUGGUCGGCCAGAUCCAUCACUGCCAGCAACCUGCGGCAAGUCUCCGACAGUCCCCUCGAGCUCUCUUCAACCUUCCCCUACAUCAGUUGUAGCAGCGAGCUCAAAAGUGAAUGCCGACCUAGGGGCUGUUGCUGGUUUCUCUAGUCCGCCUGUAGUUUCUUCGGGUCAGUCAUGCUCGUAUACGGCAUCUCUACCAACAGCUGCCAUCGACCAUGUUAGUAGUAUUUCACAUCCGGCAAAUACGCAAUCUGCUCCAGAUUCUCAUCAUCGACAUGGAACAGUCUGUACGACAGCGGCCACUACUGGUUCCGCCCCCGCAGAGAAUGUAGAAGUCAACAAUAGCCGAAGUGACAUUCAAGAGGAUCCGAUCGUACAGAAGAGCAUUGAUCAAAGAGCUGCGGAGGCAGAUGAGCCGACCUGCGUUGUUUGUGGUCGGUAUGGGGAGUACAUAUGUGACGAGACAGAUGACGACGUAUGUAGCCUGGAGUGCAAGGCCAUCGUUCUUCAGGGGAGAACAAAUCGCAACGAGGCAAAAGCAGCUUCUCCAGAUGCUGUUCCAGACUCGAUUGCGAGUUCUCAAACACAGGGCAAUGUUCGAGUUACUCGCAAGACUAAGGUGUUUUCCCAAACUGAUCUGCCAUUCAUGGAGGAUGACUGCUUCAUCGUCAAAGAUGGCGAACAGCCACUUCCAGAUUGGGAGCCUGAUGAUGUCGUGAAAAGAAUGACCCAGCAGGAAGUAGAGAACUUGAGGAGACAAAUUGAUGUAAUUGUGCAAGGAGAUGAUGUCCCAAGACCCAUCUUGGAGUUUUCAAACUGCAGAUUUAUGCCUAAGCUUCUCAGUAACCUUGAGAAUUCUGGUUUCGAAUCUCCUACAUCUGUGCAAAUGCAGGUCAUCCCUGCAGCAUUGAAAGGCCGUGAUCUUCUGGUUUCUGCUGGAACAGGGUUAGGGAAGACAGUAGGUUAUCUGCUUUCCGUGGUGUUCCGGAGCUGUCGGAUCAGAUCUCACUUUCUCGUGGACAAACAGAAGCCCUUAGCAAUCGUGCUUACUCCCACGAGGGAGUUGUGCGUUCAAGUGGAGGAACAAGCCAAGGCUUUAGCCAAAGGUCUUCCUGUCAAAACUGCUCUUGUUGUGGGUGGUGAUGCUCUGCCACAGCAGAUUCACAGGCUGAAGCAGGGGGUCGAGUUGAUAAUCGGAACUCCUGGAAGAUUGAUCGACCUCUUCUCUAAACAUGAAGUGGAUCUGGAUAAUGUUUGUAUGCUGGUACUGGAUGAAGUUGAUAGCAUGCUUGAUAGGGGCUUCCGUGAACAAGUGUUGCAGAUCGUUACAGCUUUGACACAACCUCAGAUAUUGAUGUUUUCAGCUACGAUACCACCAGAAAUUGAUGUGUUUUCAUCCUCGUUGUUGAAAAGACCCAUUCGAAUCUCUGUUGGCAAGACCAGUGUACCCAGUGAAUCUGUGAAGCAGACGGUGAUCUGGGUGGAAACCAAGAACAAGAAGAACAAACUUUUUGAUGUUCUACGCAGCCCGCAUCACUUUCGACCUCCUGUUGUGGUGUUCGUCAGUUCGAGACUGGGGGCGGAAUUGCUUGCAGAUGCUAUACAGAAUGUGACGGGAUUGCAGGCAGCAGCUGUGCAUGGAGAGAAGUCCAUGCAGGAAAGAAGAGAAGUGAUGGGGUCCUUUCUCACGGGCAGCCUGCCUAUAGUCGUUGCCACGGGAGUUUUGGGCAGGGGAUUGGACUUGCUCAGAGUGACACAGGUAAUCAUUUUUGAUAUGCCAUCAUCCCUUGAUGAGUACAUACAUCAGAUUGGAAGAGCCUCAAGGCUAGGUUUGCCUGGCUCAGCAAUGGUUUUUGUCAACGACGAGAGCAAACAACUUUUCAAGCCUUUGAUCGAGAUUCUCCGGAGCUCAGGAGUCGUAGUGCCAAAAGAACUUGCUAGUUCCCCGUAUGCCGUGUCUUCCUAUGCAGCUGCUUACAACCCGAGGAAGAGGAAGGCCUAUACAAAUAAGAAGUAACUUGAAGCUAGACGACUGACAUCACGGAAAAUGACCACUUGCAGUACUACGUGUGCGGAGCAGAGCAAUACCCACAGAGCAGGUUCCUGUUUAUGCACCUAUCAGGUUCUGGAUUACGAAACGAUGGCAAGUCAACCUCUCACAUCUGUGUAUACAGUUUUUACAGAGCCUUGAGACUCACGGGAUGGAGACUAGACGUUAAGCAUUAUAGAAUGCGUCCAGGGGUGCUCCCUGCUUCGGCCCCGAGAAUGAUAAAUACGAAAGCGUUCUUUGCUGGAUCGGCACUGCCAGGCGACCUGGUGGAUUAUGUCUUGCGUUGUUAUAUUUUGUUACGAAUAAAAGUUUUGUGCUUUCUACCGCACGCAUCCGACCACUGGCAAGGGUCUUAGUUUCACACUUGGCGUGUCAAAAGCUUGUACGUGCUUGACUGGACCGCUCACUGUAUUGAGCAGUUCUUUGGGAUUUGGGCUGAGAAGUGGAAUGAGGCG